CAGCGGCGUACCGUACCGAGGUACCGAAGACUGGGGUAUGGUGUACCCCCACUAUCCGUACAAGUAUGACUCUUACCCCGAAGAAGGGGCGGCGCCCUGGAAUGAGGGCGGCGGCACGAGCGACGAGAGCGUGCCGCCCCCGGCCGACGAGGAGCCCAGCUCGCCCCCGGCCCGGGGCGGCCGGGCGGGAGGCGGCGGCAAGGCGACCGGCCCGGCCGGGGAGCCGCGCAUCCGCCGUCCUAUGAACGCCUUCAUGGUGUGGGCGAAGAGCGAGCGCAAGAGGCUGGCAGACGAGAAUCCCGACAUGCACAACGCCGAUCUCAGCAAACUUCUCGGAAAACGAUGGCGAGCCUUAACUCCAGUGGAAAGACAGCCGUAUGUACAGGAAGCCGAGCGCCUUCGACAGCAGCACCAGAAGGACUACCCUCAUUACAAAUAUCGGCCGCGCAGGAGGAAAAGCACAAAACGGGGGAGCAACGUUGGCUCGGCCAAGGGCAGCGCAACUCCACCAGUUCCCCAAGCAUCAGGAGCAACUUUGCCGACAUCUCCCAGCACGAUAUACACCAACGGAUUCAAUUCAUCUUAUGGUACUCCUCCGCCCAUGUCAUACAACCCUCAGCAAUCCAUGUGCAACACCAGUAACCAAAACCGCAUGGGCUACCAUGGACAACAAUUAAAUUGUGAUUUUUACGGUGUUCAAACUCCGGACUGUUCUCCUAAUGGCAGCCCAGACAACGACGGGCUACUGAAAUUUCCAAAAAAAGAAUUGCCCGUUGGAAUGGAUUAUGCUCAGGAGAAGAACAGUCAUCGAAUGGAUGGAACUAUCAGAGGACUUCCCACUCCCGAUAUGUCCCCACCUCAGAGUGAACAGGAGACUUGUAACCGUCUACAGAGAAGAGAUCUCAACCAGCCUAAGGGUUCCAACAGCACGUUAAUCCAGCUGAUCUCACAAUUCGGUGGAACUUCGAAUUACCUAAGAGAUAUUAGGCCCCCUUAUAGGGUACCAAUGAGGGUCGCCGCGUCCACCUUACAAGCUUUAUCGGCAGCUUCGGGAAAUCCGAUAUAUACGUUUUCUGAAUGUGGUCCGCAUACCAUGAGUUCUGUAUCAUCAAUGGAAAAUCAGCGACGUGAUUUGUAUUCUUCAUCGCCGAUGUCGCCUGUCAACAACAGUCCUUCAAUGUCAGAAAGGAAUAGUCCUUUCCCAACGACUAGCCAUCUCUACAGUGCCUUACAAAAUCGAUCGCCAAGCUAUAGGCAUUUGAACUACAAUCAAUGUUCCGGUGAAUCGGACACCUUUUCAAAUCAGCAACAGCCCCGAACGCAAAUCAAGGUUGAAAUUGAUGAUGGCAGUUCUGAUCCAGAACAGCAGUUCCAGUUCAUUCCAUCAUAUGCCUCAUCUGUUUCCUAUUCCAAUGCCUCUGCAUCACCGAAUUACGCAUACGUUACCGAGUCUUUCUCUCACCAAAACAAUUGUACAGAACAAAAUGGCACAUUUUCCGUGAACAAAGCCGCUAAUUUUAAUGCCACAUCCGAUGCCACUUUUGCUCCAGAACUCUUUGGUGACAUUGAUGGUAAGGAACUAGAUCGUUACCUCACAGGAGCCUCUUCAUUUCCUACCCAGAAUGGCACAGAAGCCACUAACUUUGGAGCUCACCGAAUACGUAUUCCAGUCACUGCCCAAAGGCCUGCCGAAGAUUCUAGGUUCGGGGCACACGUUCAGGACUUUCAAAAGCCAGUUUUUGCAGCCCCUUUCUCUGAUGGACAUAAUAAAAUGAAUCUUCCUGGAGAAGAGGAAGGAGAUACCAUGAGUGAAGCUUUUGCAGCUCUAAGGUCAAUAAUGAGUUAACGUAUUCAAAGAUGUAUUCCAUCCAUAAAGUUUUGCUUCAGACUAUCAACUUCUUACAACUUCACAAGAUGUAUCUAAAAGGAAAACAAAUUGUUGCUGGCCAAUCAAAAAGAGCUUCUUUUCUCAACAAUUAAAAUAUGUUAAAGUAAGACUCAUAUUAGAUGAGAAGUUGAAAAAAAAGAUGAAAAGCUUUGAGCGAAAUUAGUACUUGAAAUGAAAUUAGUACUUGAUUGCCUAAAUGUAUUUAGGCGAAAGCUAGACUAAGUGUAACAUCAAUAGUUGCAAAAGGGCGCUGAAACCAUGCCGAGCAUGUCCCUUUUUAAUAUGAAACACAGAAGAACGAAAAACGUAGUAAAACCGGGAUACAUUUAAAAAGAAAAAACUAAAUUUUCUUAUUAGGAAAUUUCAAUAUACAAUCAAAAUUCUAUUGCACUGAAAUUCAAUCUCCGUUGACUCUGAAAAUCGUGCCAGUUCGAGACAUCUUUUCAUCUCACACUGUUGUGGCCAAGCAAGCAAACGAUCAAACUCAUCGCAUGUAGAUCAAAGCAUUUUUGUAAAUUGCUACUUAGUGGGGAGAGAGAGAACGAAAGUAAGCUAAUUUUUAGCAAGACGCACAGUGCUGUAAUCAACUUUUAUUUGUUGCGUUCUCAAUUUAAUCAGAAUUUUGAACUUUUUGUGGACAUUUGAAACAACGUCUUCCAUUCUUUUUCGAAAACUGAAUUCUUCCUUUUGUGUUAGUGUGUCAACAAAGAUAUCCUGAAGAUUGUUUUGGUCAUACUUACCUAUAAGAGCUUCUAUUGCAAAUGUCAGUAAUAUGUGAUUGUCCAGCGCAAAGAAGGACUCAUGUGAAGAGAACGAUGUACUUGGUAUAUUCCUGUCGAAUUUCGGUGAUAAAAAUACUAGUUAGUUCUGCACACAUUCUCCUUUUAAUAAAAGGAGUAGAAAUUACUCUAGAACAGGGGUUCCCAAACUGGGUGCCGCAGCUAAAGACGAAAGGUGCCGCGGCCGCGAAAUGUCCAUGAUAUCAAUAUAUGUAAUGUAACAGAGAUAGAAUAGGAUGCCGUGAGAAAAUGCUAAUUUUUAAAGGGUGUCACAAAUCGUAGAAGUUUGGGAACCCCUACUCUAGAUAGCAUAGAGCGGACGUUGGGACAUUUUCGAAGUCGGGGAGGCAAGAUUUUUUUACUGGUAAAAUUAUUUUGUUGCUAUUUAAAGUUAUUUUACCAAGUACAAAUUAUUUUGACUAAAUAAAUACUUGCUUUUAAAAUUAAUUUUCAAGCAAAUAAAUUUACCAAAAAAAAAAAAAGCUUAAGGCAUUUUUAAAUAUAUACUUAGUCAAUUUUAUAACUUUUUUACUAUGUCAUUUCCCAAUGUUUUUGUUUGGAAACAUGGUCCUCCUGCUUUCUUUGCUCAUGCUAGAAUUUUGAGAGAAAAAUCUGUUUACUUUUGAACCACGCUGUAUUUCUGUGAAGAAAUAUUAUUUUACUUUCAAACCUCGUGCUAUUUCGAAAAAGAAUAAUCUUCAAAACAGAAUCUUAAACUGUUUGAGAUAUUAAAAGUAAAUUAUUUCAGUUGUUAUCAAUUUCCAUCUUUUUUGUUUUUUUGUAAAGCUCCUAUAAAUAUUAAAGUGAAAGACAUUUCUAUUUCCGAAAUCUUAUGAGUGUUCUAGGGUUGAUAACUGUGCAGGCGAUCUAUCUGUGUAAUUAGUCGGUUUGUUCCCAGAUGGUACGCCGAGAAGGUGUAGGGAAUAAUUUCAGACGCUGUCAAACGAAAACUAAAUACACGCAUAGAUUGCUUUUAACUAACCAUUCCCAGGUGAUAUUGUGAAAACUAAAGUUUCCAUGAGUGCAAUUAAUGACAAAGUAUUCAAUCUUAAAAAAAAAUUAAUUCAGCAUUCCACGUGAAUUCUAUGACAAUUGUGAUAUGUUUGAACAGUUAUGUUGGUAUUCUUUCAAUUGCGAAAAAGAACUGAUGACGUGAAAAGGAAGAUGUGAUACAUGACGUCAUUUGAAACGCAGAAUUGUCUCCACUUGAGGAGAAAUUUAAAGCUACUCCAGAAAACACACAUCAUGUGCCUUUUUUCUCAUGAAAAAUUUGCAAUUUACAUGUACAAACAAUCAUCGUUUUUGAAAUCAGUAUUGUUCGUUUAUAAAUAUGUUUCUAUUUAGAGUUUGUUACCUUGAAGAAGAGAAGAUAUUUUUAUAUUAUAGUAUUAAAAAGAAACCCAGUGAUUUACUUUUUUCCGUUUUGUGGAAAAAAAACUCCCAUGCAGAGUAAUUUGUAUGUAUAAAGUAUUUGUUGCAGAGU